AUGGGUUUCAAAACUCUCCUCUCAUCCUGUUGGUAUUUAAAUUACAUCAGUUAUGGAAGUGAUUGGCACAAAUAUUAUAUGUGUGAUCCACAUGAUUUCCCAGGUACUGAUAAACAAAAGGAAUUUGUAAUUGGUGGUGAGGCUUGCAUGUGGGGUGAAUAUGUGGACAACACAAACCUUUUGCCAAGGCUUUGGCCCCGUGCAUCUGUUGUAGCUGAAAGACUGUGGAGUGCAAAAGAGGUUAAAAACUACAAUGCCGCAAACAGACGCUUGAUCAAUCACAGGUGUCGUAUGGUCAGACGUGGUAUUCCUGCUCAACCAAUCUCUGGACCUGGAUUCUCUACACGAGCCAUUCAGCAAAUAAUUCUAAUGAUGAACAAUACACGCCUGCUAAAUAAACCAAACGCUGUUGUUUAUAUUGACGAUGUUUUCGUCUACUUGACUGGAAACCACCAUGACGUCGGUCUGUCGGGCGAUAGAGGAGACUUUUAUAGGCGCAAACUCGCAGAACAGAUAUUCCUCAACUGCGCCAUACAAGGUAUUGAUCAUUGUAAUGUGGUUACUGUGGUCAGAGCAGCGGCUGACUUGGAGAAUGCUUCGAGACUCGCCUUGGCUGGAGAACUUCCUCAUGACUCAGUCGAGAUCGAUUAUGUGAUGUUAGACAUAUUAAGAAAAAUUGCUGGGAUUGAUUGA